AUGGUAGCUAUUGAGGUCAUUCAUCACAUGAAGUCUAAAACCAAGGGUUAUUACAGCAAGACAAGUAAAAUAUUUGAUUACAGAUAUACUCCAAUUACAGCAAGACAAGUAAAAUACUUGAUUACAGCAAGACAAAGUCAUCCAAAUGCAAAGGAUUAUAGAUAUACUCCAAUUUCACUUUUUGACAAACUUGUCCAUGCUUUUGGAAAAGAUCGUGCUACUGGUAAAGGUGCUGCUCCCCCUGUUGAUAAUGUUGAGGAGAUAGAUAAAGAAAUAGAAGAGCUAUUUAACGAUGAGGAGGAUGAUGUAGAAACGACUCCAUCGCCGUCUAAUAAUAAAUCUAAAAGGAAGCUCGACAACAAAGAUAUACAUUUCAACAAAAGAAACAAAGGAGCAAGUCGUCUAGGAGUCGGUAAAGAUGUGUUUGAUGAUUCAAGAAACAUCAUGAAUGAGUUGAAGAAAAUGGAGCUAACAGAACAAGAGCGUUUUGUUGCCGCUGACAAAAUAUUAUCUGUGCCACAUCGUUUACACAUAUUUAUGGGUUGUGUUGAUAUUGAUGACCGUCUCGCAUUUGUUAAGUCAUUGAUGCAGUGAUUUCAA